AUGGAAGGUUUGAGUGAAACAGAAAAGGAGAAAAACAAAAUGGAGAAUUUUUUUUUGAAAGAUCAUGGUAUUGUUGGUAGUAGUCGUAGUAGUCGUAGAUGCAUUAAUAGAGAUUGCAACCACAAUUACUACAACAACAGCAUGGUUAAAGAUUCAUGGUAUGGAGAAGACAAUUAUCUUUCUGGGUUUUCAUGGCCUCCAAGAGCUUACACUUGUAGCUUUUGCAAGAGGGAAUUUAGAUCUGCUCAAGCACUUGGUGGACACAUGAAUGUUCAUAGGAGAGACCGAGCCAGGCUAAGACAAUCACCUCCAACUCCAAGAGAUCAUGUUGUUGGUCAUGGUCAUAGUCAUGGUCAUUGCUCUAAAUUUCUAAACCUCAACCUUAGCCCUAAAUUUGCUAACCCUAAUUUCACUUCUUCUUCCUCAUCAUCAACAUCAUUGGUUUCUACUACUACUUUCUCUUGCACGUUGCCCUCUUUGGUUUCUCCUUCUUCUACAUCACUUGGUGAGAAGAAGAUUUGGGAUAACCAUGAUCAUUUGAGCCCGAGAAGCGCUGAUUUGGGGAGGAAGAUGAAGAGUAUUGCAACAACAUAUUUUGGAGAUGACCAAGAAUUUGAGGGUUUUGUAAGUAGAGAUGGGUGUAAGCUUUUUAAGAAAGCUGAGAUUGUUAGAUUGGACUUGGAGAUUGGUCUAAUCAGUGACUCAAAGGAGGAUUUGGACUUGGAGCUUCGACUAGGAUACUAA